AUGUUGAGCCAUACGAGCCAGCCGAAGCCGGUCUUCAGGGACCAGCUCCCAUUUCACUAUGACCGCCACCAUCAUCAAUCACAGCAAGCUCCUCACUACCAAUUGCAACAGCUUCGGCAAAAACAACAACGAUUGACCUCUAAAAAGCUGUUGUUUCAGGCUCAACCCCAAACCCAGCAGCCGCAAGCAAAGCAGCUCACCCUCCAGAAAUCCCUGAAAGCGCGAACUGCGAGAUUGAGCAAGGCACUCGGCCGCGACCAGCAUCAGGUCGUUAAUCAGCAGCAGCCGGUGCCGCUAACCCUGGCGAAACAGGACGGACAAAAGAACAUCGUUCAAGCCUAUCAACGACCCCAGUCGAGUUACACGCCGCCGACGAGUUUGAUUCCACUUUCCGCUAAUAGCCAUGCCAUCGGUGCGGGCUCUCACGGAGCCGUGUUGGGUGCGAGACCUUUGGCGGGCGGCAGUCUGAGUAUCAACAUCAAUAUCGCUGCGACCAAGGCUGGCAAUCGAAAUCGACACUCCUACCACGGCGAACCGCCAGGCUCUCCGCUCGUGUGGAACCUGGGGAGCAUAGCUGCCAAGUGGAGCUUUCGCGUGCGAUUCACGUUGUCCUUCGCCAGCGCUACCUUCAAAUGGCUCGAGUGA